CAUACACACAUACACAUACAUGUACUUGGCUUCCUUCCCCAGACGGGAAGACGAGCUCUAUGCAGCUGGAGAGCGUGUAUCUUCCCCCCAUUCCGCUCGCAUGGGGGUGCUCUGUAACUGAGAUCCCCAUAGGGUGUCCAGAUGUCCCUAUUUUAUAGGGACAGUCCUGAUAUUGGGGCUUUUUCUUCCAUAGGCGCCUAUUACCCCUCACCCCGUGUCCCGAUUUUUCACACUUGUUGUCUGGUCACCCUAGAUCCCCAUCAAUGCCUCACAUAGGAGCCACUCAGGGCGGAUGAUUCUGUCACUACUGACCAGGAGCCAUCCUGGAGCCAGCACCUGGAGGGGAAGGGCCCCGUACCCCAUUGCCCGCCCGCCUGAGCCAGCCAGUCCCCACCGCUGUAGGGGGCUGGAUCAGAGCUGGCGCCCCCUAUAGACGAGGGAGCUGGGAGCGUGCGAGGGGCAGGCGCGGCCCUGGGGCUCGGGGAGUGGUGUCCCGGUGGUGACAGCAGCCCGCGAUGAGUUACAUCUGCUCUCUCUGCCCCCCCCCACCUUCCCCUUAUUCCCCCCGCUCCACUCGCCCCUCCCCGCCGGCUCCCUGCAGGGCAAGUGCCUGGCUGGGGAACCAUGUCCAACAACAUGGCCAAGAUCGCCGAGGCCCGCAAGACGGUGGAGCAGCUCAAGCUGGAGGUGAACAUCGACCGCAUGAAGGUGUCAAAGGCGGCGGCGGAUUUGCUGGCCUACUGCGAGGCGCACGCCAAAGAGGACCCGCUGGUGACCCCGGUGCCCUCCUCGGAGAACCCCUUCCGCGAAAAGCGGCUCUUCUGCAUCGUGCUGUGAGCCCUGCGGCCAGCGACUCAGCGCACCCCCCCCUUCCCUCCCCCCGGCUACAGCUCCAGAGCGGCACCGCUAGCUUUAGCGUAGGGGAGCGGAGAGUGGGUCAGAGACCGGCGGGGGGGACGACACUGGGGGACAGAGCAUGGGGUGUGGGCUGCACACCCUGACUGACCUGGGGAGUCUGCUUCACCUGUCCUCCUCCCCCCCC